GGUGCGGGUGACUGUUGACUAGUAAAAAAAGGGACCCAAGGUUCACAACUGUCUUCUUACUGGCAGUGGAACGACCUUAGGAAACCUGCGAUCCGUUCUCAUUAAAUAAAUCUCUGGAUUCCCAUAGGCAAUGGAAACUGAUCUCAGUUCCCAGGACAGAAAGGACCUGGACAAGUUCAUUAAGUUUUUUGCCCUCAAGACUGUUCAAGUGAUUGUCCAGGCUCGACUUGGCAGGAAGAUUUGUACUCGUUCAUCUUCAUCCCCAACGGGUUCAGAUUGGUUCAAUUUAGCAAUCAAAGACAUUCCAGAGGUUACACAUGAAGCAAGGAAGGCACUGGCAGGGCAGCUGCCUGCCGUCAGGAGAUCUAUGUGUGUGGAGGUCUCACUCAAGACUUCUGGGGGAGAUUCCAUGGAACUAGAAAUUUGGUGUCUUGAAAUGAAUGAAAAGUGUGAUAAAGAAAUAAAAGUUUCCUACACUGUAUACAACAGACUGCCGUUGCUGCUGAAGUCUCUCCUGGCUAUAACGAGGAUGACACCGGCUUAUAGACUCUCCAGGAAACAAGGUCAUGAAUAUGUCAUAUUAUACAGGAUAUAUUUUGGUGAAGUUCAGCUGAAUGGCUUAGGAGAAGGUUUCCAGACAGUUCGUGUGGGGACAGUGGGCACCCCCGUGGGCACCAUCACUCUUUCUUGUGCUUACAGAAUUAACUUGGCAUUCAUGUACAGGCAAUUUGAGAGGAUCCCACCUAUCAUGGGGAUUAUCAUUGAUCACUUUGUGGACCAUCCCUAUCCCAGCUCCUCGCCCAUGCACCCCUGCAAUUACAGAACCGCUGGUGAGGACACUGGAGUAACGUAUCCUUCUGUGGAAGAUUCUCAAGAAGUGUGUACCACCUCUUUCUCCACCUCACCUCCAUCCCAGCUAAUGGUUCCAGGGAAGGAAGGUGGGGUACCUCUUGCUCCCUACCAGCCUGCUCAAGGUGCCCAGACUGAUCAGGAGAGAUUGGCAACCUACACCCCUUCUGACGGGGCCCACUGUGCUACCACACCUUCUAGCAGCGAGGACACUGAAACUGUAUCGAACAGUAGUGAGGGACAGGCCUCUCCCCAUGAUGUCUUGGAGACUGUCUUUGCCAGAAAAGUGGAGGCUUUUGUCAACAAACCCAUCAACCAGUUGACACUGAUGAGUUGCAUACCCUUUGCCAUGUUUGCUCCCAGGAAUUUAGAACUGGAGGAUGUUGAUCCCAUGGUGAAUCCUCCAGAGACUGAAUCUCCUCUCCAGGGCAGCCUACCCUCUGAUGGCUCCAGUGGUAGCAGCAGUGGCAAUACUCAUAACGACUUUGUCAUGAUUGACUUCAACCCGGCUUUUUCUAAAGACAAUAUUCUUCCAAUGAACUUGGGGACCUUCUAUCGUGAAUUUCAGAACCCCCCUCAGCUGAGCAGCCUCCACAUAGAUAUCGGGGCACAGUCUAUGGCUGUGCACUUGGACUCAUUACCAGAGAAACUGGCUGUGCACAAGAAGAACGUUCAAGAAUUUGAUGCCUUUGUGGAAACUCUGCAGUAAAAGCUGGUGUCCUCAAGUACCAGCAGCUUCCCCUUUUUGUGGUCCCAGGAGACAGAGAGCCUCCCACUCAUCAGCUGUUCCCAUUCCUUGUCCUGCUCCAAGCCAGGUGGAGGGGAGGCUGGUUUCCCCUGUGGGGACCCAGAAGUCCCUGCCCUUGCCCCUCCUGGAGAUUUCAUCGCAUUAGUCAGGCCCUGUGAGAGCAUUUGAGAGGACUCGCCCGCUGGCCUUGGAUAUGGGUAGACUCUUUGUGACAAAAGGGCCCUCUGCAGGUAGAGCCUGCUGCUUCUGUUCACAAAGGCGGCCCUCCCGUUCUUCCCACAACUGGCCCCUUGUUGUCACCAUUACCACCAACCAUUUGACAUUCCAGCUGGUGGCCCAGAGAUUGGUGUGGAGGCAGAGAAAGGAAGGAGACAGUGCUGGGAGGAAGGAAGGGCUCCUCGGGCU